GAGAGGCUGUUCCAGCUCCUGACGCUAGGAGCUGUCCGCGGUGCUGAAGGCAGGCUGUCUCCUCUCCAAUGUGCCGCCAGCUCGCACUCUCUCCUCUCACUGAGCGUCCGAAUUAAACAAGGACCUCCGCGGUCUACUUGAUCCAUGGCCGCUGUCCUCGCACAGACAAUUCCACGCGGAAGUCAAGCAGCGAAGCGUUAAGGAUUCAACUUUGCUUUUUUGGUUUUUAAACGCCUGAUCGUCUCGACUUGCUUUUUUUUUGUUGUUGUUAGUGCGGUUUCCUCUUUCUCCUUCUCCGACACAAGGACGUCAUUCUGCCGCUCGGCGACCUCCACUUUGGGAACAUUUGAAGAGCAUGAGAGUGUCUUGCACGGCGAAGAGCAUGUUGGCGCUUUGUCUUCUUGCAGCUGCCGUGACCACGACCCACGGACGAGGUCCAAAUGAAAAUGAUGGCAUCAGGAGGGUGACUGUAGAUAUAAACAACGAUCACAUUACACACCCAUCAACAGAAGACACAGAAGGUGAUGUCCCUUGGGUCACCACUGCAUCACCGAUUAACAGCCCGGACCACCAUCCAGUCCUUAAGGGUUUGAUGCUUCAUGAGCACCUUCUUUUACGGGACUUUCAGGGAGACCAGCACUUUUUUCGAAACGAUGGCUCUGUGGUGGCGUAUCCCACCAUGCCAAGCUCUGCCUCAGAUUCAGUGCAGCCAGUCACUCAAGCAAUCCCCCAUGAGGAUGCCCCAGCUUUCUCAGACAUCGCCUCGACGGCUACUGUGGCUGCCACAUCAUCACUUACCACAUUCUCCUCAACAACACCCAAACCUCUGAUGUCUCUUCUACAGAAGUCCUCCCUCACCACACAAGUAACACCAAAUAAUGACAAGACACCAGAGGCUUAUAUUACAUUGCAGAGAGAUCAACCCAAACCUUGGAGCGCUUUAAGCAGAGAUGCAAAUAUUGCACCCUCCACAAUGAAAAUGGAGAAAGAGCAGUCAAAGGAAACAACACCAAAAGACAAACCCAGUCCCAAACCGCCAUUCCCAAACCUAACAUCCCGAACAGAGGGUGGUGCCACAACGUCAACUUCUCUAAUCACGACUACGACAAUAACAACCAUGCAAACAUCUGAGCCGUGCAGCCUAAAUUUCACUGACCCUGAGGGCAACAUUGAAAUCCUGCAGCAGCUUGACGCCACCAUGGAGUGCAACUACUUGAUUACGGUCUACCUGGGGUAUGGCAUCGAGGUUCAGAUCCUGAAUGCAAGUAUGUCAGAAGGGGAGCAAGUGACAGUGGAGGACACAGGUGGCCGAGAAGCUUUUGCCCUUGCUAAUGAGACGGUCCUAAUACGUGGACUCGUAUUACGUAGUCGGAGCAACCAGAUCUCUAUCCGUUUUCGUAGCGACCAACAGCGUAACUCCGGAGUCCUCCAGCUUCAUUACAAAGCUUUUGUGCUGAGCUGUGCGUUUCCCAAAGAGCCUUCUGGGGGAGAAGUUUCCGUGACACACCUCUACGCUGGCGGAGAAGCUUAUUUCAACUGCUUCACUGGCUACAGGUUGAGAGGUCCCAAAACGCUCACCUGCCGCAACGCCACCACACCUUACUGGAGUGGGAAGGAGCCCCAGUGUGUGGCGUCCUGUGGGGGAAUGAUAAAAAAUGUCACCUAUGGCCGCAUUGUCUCGCCUGGAUUUCCUGGCAACUACAGCAACAACCUGACAUGCCACUGGGUCCUGGAGGCCCCCGAGGACCACCGGAUACAUAUUCACUUUGAGAAAGUGGCGCUGGCAGAGGAUGACGACAGGCUGCUGAUUAAGAAUGGCAACCAUAUCGACUCCCCGCCUGUGUAUGACUCCUAUGAAGUGGAGUAUUUGCCCAUCGAGGGGGUGCUGAGCACAGGACGAUAUCUGUUUGUUGAGUUUACAACAGACGGGACGCUGACCUCCACCGGUGCCGCCAUCAGAUAUGAAGCUUUUGCAAAAGGAACGUGCUACCAGCCUUUUGUGAAGUACGGCAAUUUCAGCAGCAGUGACUCAACCUAUAGUGUGGGUGCUGUGGUGGAGUUCUCGUGCGACCCGGGUUACACGAUGGAGCAAGGCUGUGUUGUCAUCGAGUGUGUGGACGCUGAAAACGCUCAGUGGAACGAGACCGAGCCGGCCUGCAGGGCUGUUUGUAGCGGGGAGAUCACAGACUCUGCCGGUGUGGUGCUGUCUCCUAACUGGCCGGAGGCCUACGACAAGGGCCAGGACUGCAUCUGGGGCGUCCAUGUGGAAGAGGACAAGAGGAUCAUGCUCGACAUCCAAGUACUUAACCUGGGUAAAAAUGACCUCCUGACAUUCUACGACGGUGAUGACCUGUCCGCCAACAUUCUUGGUCAAUACAGCGGCAAACGCCCUCACUUCAAGCUCUACACGUCCAUGGCUGAUGUCACUGUUCAGUUUCAGUCAGAUCCUGCUACAAACAUCUAUGGUUACAACAAUGGCUUUGUGGUGCACUUUUUUGAGGUCCCAAGGAACGACACUUGCUCCGAGUUGCCAGAGAUCACCAAUGGCUGGAAGAGCACGUCCCAUCCUGACCUCAUCCAUGGCACCGUUGUCACUUACCAGUGCUAUCCUGGAUAUGAAUUGGUGGGCUCUGAGAUCCUCAUGUGCCAAUGGGAUCUCAGUUGGAGCGGGGACGUGCCGAAAUGUCAGCAAGUGACCACAUGUCAGGACCCUGGAAAUGUGGAGCACAGUCGUCGGGUGAUCACGGGCACCCGCUUUGCCGUUGGAUCAUCUGUGCAGUUUGAGUGUAACAAAGGCUACACAUUGUCAGGCAGCAACAAUGUCCUUACUUGCUACAACAGAGAUUCAGCCAAACCCAAGUGGAGUGAUCGUCUGCCCAAGUGUGUUCCUGAAAAGUACGAGCCAUGCAGGAAUCCCGGUGCUCCGUCCACUAGUGCACAAAGUUCCGAUAAGGCUUUCUACCAAGCAGGCGAGACCCUGACCUUCGCCUGCCACCCGGGCUACGAUCUUCAGGGCGGUGCCACCAUCUACUGCAUCCCUGGACAUCCGUCACAAUGGAACAGCACACCACCUGCUUGUCGAGCCUCCUCCAGUCAAUAUGUGAACGAACGCAGGUUAGACGUUGUCAAUACAGAUUAUGGUAUUGAGGGAACCAAUAUCGCCCUCGCCGUCUUCAUUCCAACUGCAAUCAUUUUGGUGGUUGUCCUUGGGAUUUAUGUCUGUGCUGCGAAAUAUCAAGGGAAGUCUAUCAGCAUGCCGACAGCCUCGCCACCGUAUGACAACAUGGCGGAGGAGUCGGCCUUCGAUAACCCAGUUUAUGACAGAGGAGUAAGUACUGAUGUGAUGAGCAUGCAAGAUGUGGACUCACAAAACACCAGUGUACUGUCCUGAUCCUGUCUGAGGGGGCCAUCUUGUCUCCAUCUCAUGAUUCACCAGAAGAGGGCACUCACAACUAAUCUUCCCAUCACCCAAAGCAAUGCAAGUGAUACUUGCAUUACUACUUCACUGCUGCAAGAUAUAAGUGAGGACACCAUUGCAGGGUCAAAAAGGGGAACUUCCCUUUUUGGGUAUUUUCACCCUUCAUUCACAAUCCUUAUGUAAAACAAGAACACAUAUGUUUUUUCUCUUUUUAUGCAUUCUAAAUAUUAAAUGAACGCGAUCAAAAGUGCUUACAAUAUGGGAGUCGAUCUAUUCUGCCCUUAAAAAACAUCCAAACACCUACAAUAAGGGUUUGUAUACACGAUGUAAGUAUAUAUGUCAUGUACUAAUAACAUGUUAUAUUCACGUAUGUUGCUCAUUUUAAGCAUAUAUAUAAUUUAAAAAACGCACGUUCGCUUUUUUUCCAACAACUACCCAGUGCAGACAGAGAGGAUGGGAGCACAGUACACCAGUUUUAAAGUUGCUCCCUUUCCACGUCAUGGUAUAUUUUAAAGUUAUAUUAUUAGUUUUCAAAUGUUUUAAUGGACUUGCGCCUUCUCAUCUAUCUGACCUACUUAUAUUGUAUCAACUCUCGCGGAUCCUGAGAUCCUGUGGCACCGGCCUUUUAGCUGUACCAAAUACCAGAACCGAGACCCACGGUGGGGCGGCAUUUAGACAAUAUGGCCCCCACCCGUGAAAUCAGCCUACCAGAGAGCCUCAGGACUGCAGAGACCGUUGAAAUAAUUAAAAAAAAAGACUAAAAACAAACCUUUUAAUCAAGCUUCUUACUGAUCAUGUUAAACUCUUAUUUUUUUAUUGUGUUGUUUUCUAUUUUAAUUAAUUACAUUUGUGAAGACUGUGUGGCAUAACGACGCUGGAUUUGUUCCUCCGUGGAUGUGUCAGCAAGAACACAGCAAAAGGUAAGAAAUAACGAUUUAUUAAACUCAAAACAGGCUAGAACAAAAACACUGGUGCUAAUAGAAAAAGGCAAACAAAUGGUGCUAGCAUGGAGGCUAGGAAUAACAAACGGAACACAAACACUUGGCACGAAGGCACAAAGAGAGAAAACAAAACGACUUGCAUGAAAGCUAGGAAUAAAAUAGAGCUUAGCGUGAGAGCUAGGGAGUAAUAGAAUCAAUAGCAGUCGUCGCUAGUUGCGUAUAAGCAAUUUAGGAUCCCAGGCAGAACAAUGAAAAGGGGCGAGCUUAAAUAAGGCAGUAAUCAAAAUAGAAACAGGUGUGCGUCGAAAGCAAGGGGCAGGUGAACUAAUAAGUUACCAUGGUGACAAAGCAAACAGGAAAUAAGGAGUCAGAUGGAGAGUGAUACAAAAAUGGAAACAAAACAACAAUCUGUGAAGAUCCGAGCAGCAGAUCGCAACAAUAUUAUCACUAUUAUUCUCUCAAUACUAUUCUCUCAAGGUCUCUCAAACUAAUAAAUUUAAUAUUUAUAUCAAAUUUAUAGCAAAUUCAACUUCACGGCAAAAGCAACUUCCUAGCUGAGCAACAGACCAUAGCCUAUAAAUUACUGCUAUCUAAUGCUUGUAAUUGCAACUGCAAAGUAUAUAAUAUAAGACUUGCUAAUGAGACUCAGAAAUGUAAUAAGGAAACAAGAUACAACAACUAGACAGCAGAGUUAUCAUCAUCAGCUCAUUUUUAAAUGUUACAUUAAGAUAUCGAUUCCCGGGUAUUCAUCCCAUCCCUCGUCUCGAAUGUAUAAUUGUAAAGUAAUACAUUUUAAUAUAAUAUUUGUUGAAUUAAGACUAAAUGGUCCAGUCAUCCCCAUGAUUUAUUUAAUUAGGAGAGGUUUUUCACACCGAUUUAUUGCCAUUUAGUGAAAGUUAAACAUUUUUAUUACACUUUUCAUUUUUAACAUCACUCAUUUGGAAUGUUUCACUUACAUUUGUCUGUUUUGUGCCAUCGCAACAGAUUGUAUUUUGUGUGCAAGUGUGGAUACAUACUGAUCACAUUCAUAUUACAGCCAACAGAGUGUAGAAAAAAUAUUUGUUCUGGUUGUGUGAUUUGGUUUUAACGUCAAAUGUCCUCUACUAUCCUCCCUCCUUGUCCUUCAGCACUGGCAGACACAUUCUAGAUACUAAACCCUGUCAGUAUGUUCAUUUUGGCGCCGCUUCAUAACAACUAGGAGGUGAGCCUGUUGCUGAGAGCGCGUCUCACACACUUUCACCUGAGCUUCCAGACUAAUCCUUUUGAUUACUUGGUCACACCCAUUUAUGCUCUGUGGUGGUGAAUAAUGUACUUCUGUAUGCAAAGGUUAAUCGUAUUGGUGACAUCAUGUCUCCCUUAAGCGAAACACAUCAUCCUGAAUCGUGCACAUAACAUUAUCGGAAAUUAGCACGUGCUUAACAUAAAGAAUGUCUUUUUACAAACUACUACUUAGAAAAUACAUGCAACAUUAUAUGGUAUCAGAAAAAAGCAGCCAGAACAAUAUCAUUUUGAAGUCAACUGCCAAUACACUAACGGAAUUGCAGCACGGUGUUAUGUAAUACUGGCACUUCAUUAGUAUGUAAUAAAAGCAAUGUUUUACACACAUAAGGCCUGAUCUAGAAAAACUGUUGUAAUGGAUCUAGGGAAUCUAUUGAGAUAAUUGAUCACCUAUAUAAGAAAAUGAAAAUCAUAAAAAACGACAUUUGACACAAAAAAAAAAGUCUAUUGAAUCUGUUUUAAGCCAGCCUGUUAAAUCUUCCACCAAAUAUAAAAUUUAAAAAUGUAAUCGCUGAAUAGAAUAUAUUGUCAAAUAUAUUAACAUGCACACUGAUGGAACACUCUCUGUUCAUUGUCUGUAUUUUGUAUGCACUUAUUUUUUCUGUAUCUAUCUGACAUGUGAAAGGGUGGUCCGUGAAAAUAAUGUCUCAAUUAAACCAGUAGCUAGUGCAAAAAAGUUUGGGGACUUGUGGUCUGUAUCAUAUGUAUUGGCUAUGCUUUGAGGUAAAUGUUUUGUAAACGUUGCUCUACGGUCACUUUUAUAACCCACUUUCUAGGUUCGUGUGUCAAGGCAUUCUUUUCAGAUUGCAAAUGAAACCACACCUAACCCGCUCCAAAAGCAUCCAAAUUUAUCUUUUGAAAAUGUACACUGUGUCACUGAUUUUUUUUUGCCAAAUAUGGUCGAAAUAUUUUUUGGGUCAUAAACAUUAUUAUAGAUUCACCCGGUCACAACAUUAGAUACACCUGCCUAUAUUUGGAUGGCAAAAAAAAGCAUAAAUGCAUCAAAAAAGCUGAAUGUAUGUAUUUGGAGGCUGCACAUAUACGUAUAUACAGUGUUUAUGUUUUAAAAAUGUCAUCAGCUUCCCUUUGAUUGACUUGUGUGUCUGAUCUUUACAGGAAUAAUGAAAAAAAGAUUAAGGUGUCAAUUUAGAGACCUUGAAUUGCUCAAGCUUUGCCUCGGGAUCUUCCUCUGCACUGCUCAUCUUUUCCUUUCAAGUAUUCUGCAUAUAUGUCUUUCCGAGGUCAACUCUAUGAAUUUGUGGAUCACCAUGGUGAUAUUUUUAUAAACUAAAUUGCUGAUGACCGAAGGUGAUUACAUAAAUUCUCUGUAUUUUUGAUGCCCUAUCUUAGUCUCUGUUAGACCUUGAUGGGGAAGGGGCUUUGUUUAGACCCAUUCCUACUCCCGGUCACAUCGUUCCACUUUAAUCAUUAAUUUGCCACCUACUGUAUUUUGUUUGUGUAUGUAUGAAUCUGCUUUUUGUAAAUAAACUGCCUGUCUAAUACAA